AUGAGCUUCUUCAGGCAAGUCAGACUUCUGCUAUGGAAGAACUGGGUCAUCCGGAAAAGGCAAAAGCUUCGUUUUCUUGUGGAGCUUGUAUGGCCUCUGUCAUUGUUUCUUGCCCUUGUCUGGCUGAGGAAAGCUAAUCCACUGUAUCGCCAACAUGAAUGUCACUUCCCAAACAAGGCAAUGCCAUCUGCAGGAACACUGCCGUGGUUACAGGGCAUCUUCUGCAACAUGAACAACCCUUGUUUCCGCAGCCCUACCCAUGGAGAGGGUCCUGGUGUUGUGUCCAACUACAACAAUUCUGUCCUUGCAAGAGUAUAUCAAGACGCUCAGGAGCUCUUACUGAAAGCCCCUGAAAUCCAUGACCUUGGCAGAAUCUGGGAAGAACUGAUCAUUAUGACUCAGUUUAUGGAAACAAUGAGAACUAAUCCUGAAAGAAUUGCAGGAAGAGGGAUACGAAUUCUAGAUAUUUUGAAAGAUGGGGAGACUCUCACUUCCUUCUUGCUGGAAGAUGCUGACCUCCCAGAUGAUGUUGUUUUCCAGCUUAUUAAUGCUCAAGUGCGCCCUGAACAGUUUGCCUAUGGUGUCCCUAACCUGACUCUGAAGGACAUUGCUUGCAGUCAGAUGCUCCUGGAACGCUUUAUUAUCUUCAACAGCCGAAGGGGCCUUCCUUCUGUGCACAGGGCCAUGUGUGCCCUUUCCCAGGAAAGCCUACAGAGAGUAGAAGAUGCCUUGUAUGCAAAUGUUGAUUUCUUUAAGCUGUUUCAGCUGCUUCCCACUGUGUUGGACAGAAACUCACGAGGGGCUGAUCUGAGGUCCUGGGGGAGGGUGCUGUCUAAUGUUGCCCAAGCAGUGCAAGAGCUAGCCAGGAAGCCAAGUAUUCAGGACCUUUUGGUGGUUCUGCAACCGUUUGUUCAAGAUGGAAAGCCAGAAUCCUUAGGCCACUUGGUGAACUCCCUGUCUGAUCUUUUCUGUGGCUACCCAGAACAAGGUGGAUCCAGAGUGCUUUCCUUCAACUGGUAUGAAGAUAAUAACUACAAAGCUUUCCUGGGGAUUGACACCACAAAGAAGAAAUCCAGUUAUCGUUAUGAUAAUACAACCACACCCUUUUGUAAUGCAUUGAUCCAGAACUUGGAAUCAAACCCUUUAACCAAAAUAGCCUGGAGUACUGUGAAGCCCCUGCUGAUGGGAAAAAUUCUCUUUGCUCCUGAUUCACCUGCUGUACGGCAAAUCCUAAAAAACGCAAACUCCACAUUUGAGGAACUUGAACGCCUCAGACUGUUGACCAAAGCCUGGGAAGAAGUAGGACCUCAGCUGUGGCACUUCUUUCAAAACAGCCUGCAAAUGAACAUGAUCCGCGACUCUCUGAAGCACCCUACAGUGAGGGACUUCUUGAACAGCCAGCUCAGUGCUGAGGGCUUAACUGCUGAAGACAUAAUCAACUUUCUCCACAAUGGGUCCCCAGGGAGCCGGGAGAAGGGAAUGGCAGACUUUGACUGGCGGAACAUCUUCAGUGUUGCAGAUCAAGCUUUACGUUUGUUCAGUCAGUAUCUGGAGUGCUUAACCUUGGAUAAAUUUGAAGGCCAUCUUGAUGAAACCCAACUGACUCGUCAAGCUCUGCAUUUGCUAGAAGAAAACAAAUUCUGGGCUGGAGUGGUUUUUCCUGACAUAGAGCCCGGAGCCAACAUUCUUCCAUCACAUGUGAAAUACAAGAUCCGGAUGGACAUAGAUGCAGUGGAGAAAACAAACAAAAUCAAAGACAGGUACUGGGAUCCUGGUCCAAGAGCUGAUCCUGUGGAUGACUUACGUUACAUCUGGGGAGGGUUUGCGUAUCUCCAAGACAUGAUUGAGCAUGGGAUUAUAAAGACCCAGACCAACACUGAAGUGCCACUAGGAAUUUAUCUGCAGCAAAUGCCAUAUCCAUGUUUUGUGGAUGAUGUCUUCAUGAUCACCUUAAACCGCUCCUUUCCCAUCUUCAUGGUGCUAGCUUGGAUCUAUUCAGUUUCCAUGACUGUGAAGAGUAUAGUGCUGGAGAAGGAAAUGCGUCUGAAAGAGGCUAUGAAGAACAGAGGCAUUGCUAAUGGAGUGAUUUGGUGCACUUGGUUCCUAGACAGCUUCAUCAUGAUGACGGGGAGCACAUUCCUCCUCACAGCACUGAUUAUGUGCGGCCAAGUGCUACAGUAUAGCAGUCCACUUCUCUUCUUCCUAUUCCUACUGACAUUUUCAACAGCCACAAUAAUGCAGUGUUUCUUGUUCAGCACCUUCUUCUCUAAAGCAAAUCUGGCUGCUGCCUGCAGUGGAGUCAUCUACUUCACCUUGUACCUGCCCCACAUUGUCUGCUUUGUCUGGCAAGACCACAUGAGUGUUAAUCUGAAGAUCCUAGCAAGUUUGCUUUCUCAAGUAGCUUUUGGUUUUGGCACAGAAUAUUUGUCACGCUAUGAAGAGCAAGGUCUUGGCCUACAGUGGGGUAAUAUCAGAACCAGUCCCUUGGAAGGAGAUGAAUAUAGCUUUCUAUUUUCCAUUAAAAUGAUGCUUUUUGAUGCUUUUCUGUAUGGAAUCCUUUCUUGGUACAUUGAUAAUGUUUUUCCAGGGGACUAUGGGCUACCACAGCCUUGGUAUUUCCCUCUGCAAGAAUCUUACUGGCUUGGCUCUGGACACCCAAAAGCUGAGAAAACAAAGGCCACAGAAGGAGGAAAAAAUGAAAGCAGAACAGAGAAAUCUGAAGAACCUGAAAAGCUAGAAGAAAAGAUAAAUACCUUCUUCGAGCCUGAGCCAACAGGACUGAUUCCAGGAGUGUGCGUUGACAACCUGGUGAAGAUUUUUGCGAACAGGCCCAAGCCAGCAGUAGAUGGGAUGAAUAUGACUUUUUACGAGGGCCAGAUCACAGCCUUCCUUGGUCACAAUGGAGCAGGAAAGACUACCACCAUUUCGAUACUGACAGGCCUGUUCCCACCAACCUCUGGAACUGUGCUAAUUGGCGGACUGGAUAUUCAAACUCACAUGAACUCCAUUCGGCAGAGAUUAGGCAUGUGCCCUCAGUACAACAUCUUAUUCAAUCACCUCACUGUAGCAGAGCACAUCUUGUUUUAUGCCCAAAUGAAAGGGAGAUCCAGGAAUGAAGCUGAGCAAGAGCUGGAAAUGAUGCUGGAAGACUUGGGCCUCACUCAUAAAAGGAAUGAAGAGGCUCAAAAUUUGUCAGGUGGAAUGCAAAGGAAACUGUCUGUUGCCGUUGCCUUUGUUGGUGAAGCAAAAGUGGUAGUCUUGGAUGAGCCCACUUCUGGAGUUGAUCCGUAUUCCAGGCGAUCUAUCUGGGAUCUUCUGCUGAAGUAUCGCUCAGGCAGAACUAUCAUCCUAUCAACCCAUCAUAUGGAUGAGGCAGACAUCCUUGGAGACAGAGUAGCCAUCAUAUCCCAAGGGAAACUCUUUUGCUCAGGCUCUCCUGUUUUCCUAAAGAACUGCUUUGGAUCUGGCUUCUAUCUCACCCUUGUUCGCAAGAUGAAAAAUGCUGGAAGUAGAAGGGAUGCGUCCCUCUGUAGCUGUGGAUCUCAGUGCUCCUGUUCCUGCUCCAGCUGUACGCGCAGGGACAAAGAAGGUGCUCCAGAGCAGGAACUGGAUGGAGAUCUGAAUGAGCUAGCAGAAAUAAUUCAUCAUCAUAUCCCAGAAGCAAAAUUAAUUGAAAGCAUUGGUCAGGAACUCAUUUACCUUUUGCCCAAUAAACACUUUAAGCAGCGAUCUUAUGCCAGUCUCUUCAGAGAACUGGAAGAAACAUUGGAUGACCUGGGACUCAGCAGCUUUGGAGUUUCAGAUACGCCACUUGAAGAGGUUUUCCUAAAGGUCACAGCACAAGCUGACCCUGGAAUGCAAAAAGCAGGAGGUGCUCAAGUAAACAGUUCUACUCUGGGCAAAAUGUCUACUGAGAACAAGACAGCUGAACAAACCCCACUAGAAACCAAUGAUACUUCUCCAAUGCCGGUAGGCAUAGCAGGAGAUGGAAAUGAAGGUAAAGGGUCCUGGCAGUAUAAAGGUUUUCAGCUUGUACUUCAGCAGAUCAAAGCACUGCUCAUCAAACGGUUCCAUCAUGCUACCCGCAGCCACAAGGACUUCCUGUCCCAGGUUGUUCUCCCUGCUAGUUUUGUGUUGCUGUCUUUAAUACUUACAGUCAUUAUUCCCCCAUUUGGAGAAUAUCCCUCCUUAACCUUACACCCUUGGAUCUAUGGACAACAGUUUACUUUCUUCAGCAAUGAACAGCCUGGCAGUGAGCAGAUGGUAUCCCUCACUGAUGCUUUCUUGAAUAAACCAGGAUUUGGAAAUCGCUGCAUGAAGAAUCAGCCUCUUCCGAACUACCCAUGCACUAAUACACCAACUGCCUGGAGUACACCCGCUAUUCAUCCUAACUUAAGCAGCCUCUUGCUAAGCUACAAGUGGAGUCCUGAGAAUCCUUCACCUUCCUGCAAGUGCAGCACUCACAAGAAACUCACUAUGCUGCCAGAGUGCCCUGCAGGAGCAGGAGGCCUCCCACCACCACAGAGAGUGCAGCGCAGCACAGAAAUUCUUCAAGAUCUGACCCACAGAAACAUUUCAGAUUUUCUAGUGAAAACAUAUCCCACCCUGAUAAAAGGGAGCUUGAAGAGCAAAUACUGGGUCAAUGAACAAAGAUAUGGAGGAAUUUCUAUAGGAGGAAAGCUCCCAGUCCUUCAUGUUUCUGCAGAUGAAGUUAUCAAUUUUUUAAGUGAUCUUGGCCGAAUGAUGAAUGUGACAGGAGGAGAAACUUCACUGGCUGCUUCUAAAGAAAUGUCUAAUUUCCUUAAAUACAUGGAAACUGAAGAUAAUGUUAAGGUGUGGUUUAACAAUAAAGGCUGGCAUGCUAUGGUUAGUUUCCUUAACAUAGCCAACAAUGGAAUUCUUAGAGCUAACCUGCGAACUGGCCAAGCCCCUGAGGAAUAUGGAAUCACUGUUAUAAACCAUCCUCUGAACCUCACUAAGGAGCAACUCUCUGAAGUCACUGUGCUGACCACUUCAGUGGAUGCUGUUGUUGCCAUCUGUGUGAUUUUUGCCAUGUCCUUUAUCCCAGCCAGUUUUGUUUUGUACCUGAUUCAAGAACGUGUGACAAAAGCCAGGCACCUCCAAUUUGUCAGUGGUGUGAGCCCUGCUGUCUACUGGUUAACUAACUUCAUGUGGGACAUAGUGAAUUAUGCGAUCAGUGCUGGAAUAGUUGUGGGUAUAUUCGCCGGAUUCAACAAGAAAGCAUACACUUCUCCAGCUAAUCUCCCUGUGCUUGUUGCCUUGCUGCUUCUGUAUGGGUGGGCAGUAAUUCCCAUGAUGUACCCUGCUGCUUCUUUCUUCAGUGUCCCUAGCACUGCUUAUGUGACGUUGUCUUGUGUUAAUCUCUUUGUGGGGAUCAACAGCAGUGCCAUUACAUUCAUCCUGGAGUUGUUUGAAAAUAACCCGUCCUUGCUGAAAUUUAACAAAACAUUGAAAAACGUGCUGAUUGUCUUCCCGCAUUUUUGCUUGGGCCGUGGACUCAUUGACUUGGCCAUGAACCAAGCUGUGAGUGAAGUAUAUGCCAGGUUUGGUGAGGAGCAUGUCUCCAAUCCAUUUCAGUGGGACUUUGUUGGAAAGAACCUGGUUGCCAUGGCUUUUCAAGGGGUUGCAUACUUCAUUCUGAAUUUGUUUAUGCAGCACCAUUUUUUCUCCACAGGAUGGUUUGCUGAGACUACCAAUUCACCUAUUAUUGGUGAAGAUGAAGAUGUUGCGGAAGAACGAAAAAGGAUUAUGAGUGGAGGGAACAAAACAGAUAUCUUAAAAUUGCAAGAGCUGACCAAGAUUUAUGCAGGUAGACACAAGCCAGCAGUGGACAGACUCUGUGUUGGCAUCCGUCCUGGAGAGUGCUUUGGUCUUCUGGGAGUGAAUGGCGCUGGCAAAACUACUACAUUCAGAAUGCUCACUGGGGAUACUGAUGUGACAUCUGGAGAUGCUGUAGUGGCUGGCAACAGUAUAUUGACCCAAAUCUCUAAUGCCCAUCAAAACAUGGGAUACUGCCCUCAGUUUGAUGCCAUUGAUGACCUGCUCACAGGACGGGAACAUCUCUACUUAUACGCACGCCUGCGGGGGGUUCCAGCAAAGGAAAUCAAGAGGGUUGCUGAGUGGGGCAUACAGAAGCUGGGACUUCCUAUGUAUGCAGACCAGCUGGCUGGUACCUACAGUGGUGGCAACAAGCGCAAGCUCUCCACUGCCAUUGCACUGAUAGGCUGCCCACCACUAGUCCUGCUAGAUGAACCAACUACUGGAAUGGACCCUCAGUCCCGGCGCCUCCUGUGGGACUCCAUUGUCAGUGUGCUCAGAGAUGGACGAGCUGUGGUUCUAACCUCACACAGUAUGGAAGAAUGUGAAGCUCUCUGUACUCGUUUAGCCAUCAUGGUAAAAGGAACCUUCAAAUGCCUGGGCACAAUUCAGCAUCUGAAAUACAAGUUUGGAGAGGGCUACAUCGUCACUCUGAAAAUCAAAGCUCCAAAGUCUGGGCUGCCUCCAGAUCCCAGUCCUGCUGAGCAGUUCAUACGCAUAAACUUCCCAGGGAGUUUACAGAGAGAGAAACACUACAACAUGCUGCAGUAUCAGAUUUGCUCCUCCUCUCUGGCUAAGAUAUUUCGGUUAAUAAUCUCCAAUAAGGAAAACCUGCAUAUUGAAGAAUACUCUAUCUCUCAAACAACUUUAGAUCAGGUUUUUGUGAACUUUGCUAAACAGCAGAUGGAGGAUGAGGAAAUUCCAUUGCAUCCCCGUGCAGCUGGAGCCAGCCAGGAAGCAAAGGUGUCCCCUGCUUUGCCUCAACAGGCAGUUGCAUAAACUAUUCCUAAAGCCACAAGCAUUGAGAGUGUGCCCGGUGCAAGGAUGUGCCAUACCAGAGUAGUACAAGGGUAAAAUAAAGGCUCCCAUGCUCAGUAUUAUACCGAUUUUAUACCAUUCUGAGCACUGUGCUCACAACUCCUUAGCAACAGCAAACUUCUACUGCUCUGCCAGGAGAACUAUGUGCAAUACAUGCUGAAAGUGUCAAAGGCUCAUUAUAAGAUACAAGAGCAGAGGUCUUAUUCUUCCUUAUACACAUGGAAAGACCAUUGAAGAUACCUUCUGGAUCUGGCCCUUUUAAGCUGGUAGGCUUUUAUUUUUUAACUCUUCUAAGUCAAUCACUACCAAUCAAAAGACCAAUCCAAAGGCAGAGCGUACUGCCCAGCUCAGGAAUGGAUUCCUGCCAUCCUGAGUGAGCACAGGACUACCAAGGUCAGAACAUUAGUGCUGGCUGAAGGGGCUAGCGCUGGGAGACUCCUUCACUAUCAUGCCGGGCUGCCAAUGCAAACAGACAGUUUUCUCAGCAAGAAUGCGAAGAAUCAACUCAUAUCUCAGACCCAGGCAAGAAAUUUGUUUAAAAAGUAUGUCUUUAUGAAAAUGAUCUCAUACUCGUGUCUCUUCAAGUUUCACAAAUAGAAGCCGGAAUGUCAAAAUGGGCCUUUAGAGUAUCUUCAAACUGGCCCAAAGUUUUGUUGUCACUUAGAGGCCUGGAAAGAUAUCCUUGUCCCUGAAUAAGAUCAAAUUUUUUUUCUUUCCUAUGACCUGGACCUCAGGUGGGUAUAAAGUUUGAAUAGGGUAUGUGCUUUCUGUGUGCUCAAAAGAAAAAUUUCAGCCUGCUUGUACCUAACACUGCAUUCAAUGGAAAAUCAUUUGACAUUUAGCUCUUUUUCUCUGGUUCACAGUUAAACUAGUGAAGAAUAGCAUUACUGAAAACAAACUCAUAAUGAUGUAUUGCUACAGUUAUCUAUCAGACCUAAUCAUUUUUAAGAUAUCUGCUCAGUGAUAGGAUGUGCUGCACAAAAAUAAAAUCUGGGUCAUGUUUUUUGCUUUGUUAUUUUUUUCUUCAGUUGAUAUAGAUCUUUUUAUUUGAUGCAAGAACAUUUUUGCUUUGUACUGUACAAAAGAUUAUGAAACUUAGCAACCAGCUUUAGUCUUCUUUUGCCAUAAUUAUUUCAACUGAAUUCAAGAGAGAGGCUGGAAUUUAUUGCAUAUUUCACCCUUACAAAUAGUUGCAAAAAUCUCUCUAUACAUCCAUUAUCGAUAAAUAAAUUAAUCACGACAAAAAAGUAUCUAUGCAUUCUCUUCAUAUUCUAAAAUAGCUUUUGUAAAAUGUUAUUCAGAUAGAUUGCAAUAGUCUUUUUUUUUUUUAACUAGGUUGAUACAAAACCCUUUGAAGUGCCAUUGAACAUCUUGAGAAAAAGAAAACACAGAAAGUCCAAAAUGUAUCUAGUUUUUCUCCCUAGCUCUAAAAAUAGGAAGGGAGCUAGCAUUCUGAGGACUAUCAGUCACUGUGUGUGUAUACAAAGUGCAUUAAAAAUUAUUCAGAAAAUGCUGACGUAAAAGGCUAGGUAAAAUGUCCUUUAGUAACAUAAGGAUUUGUUAUAUGAAAACAGGCCAAAUAUCACAAAUACAACAUAGAUUAGAUCUUAAGAACCUUAUUUACUAGUAUGCAAUUUACUGAUAAAGAAGGCAUUAAAAAAAAACAUACAGGAUGUUACAUCCACGAAUACUUCUUAUUUCAGGUUAAUUUGGCAAAUUAUGGAUUAGACUCAAGUUAGGUAUUUGAGAUAUUGCCUAUUUCUUUAUUCCAAGCACCACUCAUACUCUUUGGUAAUGUUAUUUCUUACAAAGCACCUGCUUCCAGGCAGCACGCUCUCUUCCUCAAUUCAAAGAAGGCAGAACAUGCAGCUGUCUUCAGGCCAGCAGGGCACACUGAGCUGAGCUCUCCAGUAGCUAGCUGGUAAGUGCUUGUUCCAGAGUACUUAUGUCACACUCUUGCUGAAUGCCACUGCUAAAUUUAGAGCUGCAUUUCAGCAUAGGCUUCUUGAUAUAUCUGAUCCAUAAAGAGGCCUUUGACUACCAGCUAAGCAAUGAAGUCUUAUUUUAUG